UUGGGUGUUUGGGCUGCAGAGUAGUCUGGUGGAGUUCUCUGCAAAAGCUGUGGAAACUCCAAUGGAGUUGACACACAACAACAAUCCAAUUACCAAAGACGAAGUCGUCGCGAAGCUCAAAGACGACGGCGACUUCGACAAGCUUCGCCUCAAGAUCAUUCGCAAGCUCAAGGACGAUGAACAAUUGCGCGAGAAUCUUAGUUCCAUUGUGAGGCAAUCGGCGGCGCUUGAUCGUUUGGGUGCGGAGAAUUUGAAACCUAGACAACUUUCGGAUGCGAUAUACCAAGAGGUCGGGGACAAAUUGAUGGGCCAGAUUUCUGAUGGUUUGUGGGGAAUAAUUAGAUCAAGUGAUGGCAUGAGCAGUGAAAUAUCAGAAACUGUUCAGUCUGUCUACAACAGGCUGAUGGACGCGAAAGGGUUUUCAAACCAGGGGCCAGUUCAAAAGGAAGAUGGUGAAAAGCAUUCGGCACUUGCCCUAGGCAAUGAAGUUGAUCAUAUGAUGUCGGACAGUAAUGAGCCGAAUGAACCGCCGGGAUUCUCUCUUGCCUAUAACCAUCCAAAGAACGGGAAUGAGAAUUCACAGCCGUCUUUUAGGCAAGAAAAAAUAUCUGUGGAAGAGCAGCAGGAAGGGCCCUUGACAUUGUUACAGGUUAGGCAGGAGCUCAAUAGUGUUGAUACGGAGCACAAGCAGGCUGGUGACUGUAGUGAUGAAGACCCUGAUGUGCCUCCUGGUUUUGGCUAAUGUGUUAACUUGCAACUCUGAGAGUCACAAGUGUAUGAAUUUACCAGUGAAGGUAGGACAUAACAAGAAUGAAUCAUUCAACCUGAGAAAAGUUUUCUUGUUUCCAAUUUCCAACAACCCUGGAAGUUUUUACAGCCAAUAUUGCCAGAUCAUAAAUCGGAUGUUUUAUCAAGCUUCCCCUGAUUACUGUACUUCUGGGUCUGCUUUUCCUUUUGGCCUUAUAUUAAAUUAUUUAUGGGGGAAGAGAGCCCUUUGGCAAGUAAACUCUUCUUUCUUU